UGCUGCUGUAACAUGUAAAUUUUCACAGUGUGUGAUUAAUAAAUUCUUUGUUAUCAGGUAGAGAACAUACAUUUUUCAAGGUAACAGUUAUCACUACAAAGAGCCUGAAGACAUCACAACGGUCAGUCAGGCAACCUAAAAAGAGAUGGACAGAAACUAACCUGAAACUUUUAAAUUUAAUCAUCAUGAUCAAAAGGCAUUGCACAAAAGCCUCACCCUGCUCCAAUUCCCUGAAAAUGAUCAAGGCAAGUGUGAACAGAAACCUGCAAUCACUCAUGUUAAUGAGCCACCUGACUUAUCAGGUAGGCUGAGCAGUCACUAGCAAUGCAGACAAUGGCUACAGGUCACUAUAAAUUCAGGGUCAUCUGUUGUCUGCCUUUAUUUCAACAAACAGCACAAUGGCACCACAGAACACAUCAUCGGUCAAGCUCUGCAAGGCAACCAAAAGGAAGGCCAGUUCUGACCAGGCCCUCAGCAAAAAGACAAGGCUGGCAGCGUCUGUGACAAGCAGGGGAGUUGGCAAUGGGCCUUUGGACCUCAAGGAGAAUGAUCCAACUUCAUCAUCAGUGAACACUGGCAGAGCUGAAUUUGAAGCCAGAUACAUCCAGGAGCAUCAACUUGGUGAAGGAGGAUUUGGAUGCGUGUUUGCUGGCUAUCGUAAAGCAGACAAUUUACCGGUGGCCAUAAAACACAUUCCAAAAACCAAGAUUUUCUGGGAAAACAAGGCUGAGGAUGGGAAGAGUCUUUCAGUGGAGGUGGCUGUUAUGUUGGAACUCCAAGAUGGAAAAACUGGACAGCUGCUGAACUCGACAUCCGUGUCCUUGCUGGAUUGGUACAAUCUCCAGGAGGAACAAAUUCUGGUGCUUGAGCGACCAAUCCAUGCACAGGACCUCUUUCAGUUCAUUGAGGUCAAUGGAGGUUGUGUAAAGGAGGGCAUGGCCAAGGUAAGAUUGGGGGUCUUUAUAAGAGGGUAUUAAACCUUUCCAAUGCAGAUACUAAAUUGCCUGUAACCUUUUACUGUUUCUACCUUUGAAGGCCUCAGACAAAAAUGUACCUAUAAUUCAGCUAUGCUGAAGAGGUGACUUAAUGUAUUCACCUCCUGAGCACCUAAACAAAGUGUGGAAUUGGCAACAUGUCCUGCAGUUGAACUAGCAAUGCAUAGAACCCCCCCCCCCCCCAUCCUCACACAGCAUGUUUAUUUGCCUCUUUCAGGUCAUACUGAAACAGCUGGUCGCUGGAGCAUUGGAGUUUGAGGACAAGAACAUCUUUCACCGUGAUAUUAAGGUGGAAAAUGUUCUAAUAGAGACCAGCUCAGAUGUUCCACGUGUUUGGCUGAUUGACUUCGGCCUUAGCUGUUUUGUGCAGGAAGACUCCUUCAAGGUGUUCCAUGGUACGUUAUCCUGCUUCAGCCUACCUAUUUGUUUACCCAUUUGCUUUAAUCCUUUUAAGGAGGUCUCAUUCCUGUAUUUUGCAGGCACAGUUGCUCAUGCUCCUCCUGAGUGGUACAGCUGUUGCAGCUACAGUGCUGGUCCUACAACAGUGUGGCAGCUGGGAGUACUACUUUAUGAAAGCGUCCACAGAAAACAGUUUGAAACCCAAAAGUUUAUCAGGCACAAACUAAA